AUGCAACAGCAUCAGCAUCAUCUUCAUCACCACCAUCACCAUCAUCAACAACAACAUCAACAGCAGCAGCAUUUAGCCCACCAGCCAACAGCAACCACAACAAUUAUGCCACUAUUUUCACAUCAUCAACAAGGAACACUUUUGCGACUGUCACCGCUCUAUAUAAACAGUAGCGGCGGUUUGGGUAGCGGUCUGGGUUGUUCGAAUCGCAGUCGUACGCCCAGUCAUCAGUACAUAAGUAAUCCCGAAUUGACCUUUGACAUUGGUUCACGUACAUGCUUGAGUCGUAGUCGUUGUAGACAAGAAUCAACAUGUCGUAUACUUUGA